GCGAGAGAGAGAGAGAGAGAGAGAGAGAGAGAGAGAGAUCCAGCAGGAAAGGAGCGACCAAGCAGGCUGAAGGGCUGCACUAAGAGCGCACCGGGUCCUUGGGCAGCAGGAAGACGCACACCGCUGACAUGGGAGUCGAGAUCGAGACAGUCACGCCGGGAGACGGAAGGACCUUCCCCAAAAAAGGCCAGACGUGUGUGGUGCAUUACGUGGGCUCCCUGACGGAUGGACGGAAGUUCGACUCAUCCCGCGACAGGGACAAGCCUUUCCGGUUUAAGCUCGGCAAACAGGAAGUGAUCCGAGGGUGGGAGGAAGGAGUGGGGCAGAUGAGUGUGGGUCAGAGGGCCAAGCUGAUCUGCUCGCCGGACUUCGCUUACGGAAACAAGGGCCACCCGGGCAUCAUCCCCCCCAACGCCACGCUCAUCUUUGACGUGGAGCUGCUCAGUUUGGAGUGAAGGCGAGCCGCCGCCUGUUUGUUGCUUAACUUUGCACCUGGGCGACCCGAAGAGAAGCUUGGAAAGUCUGCGCAUGAUUCUUUCAAUUCAAUGUUUUCAUCAAACCGUCUGUUUUUGUUAUUUUUUGUUUUUCACUCGUCCUCCAUUUUGAAAUACUUCUUUUCAAUCCUACAUUUUUUAAAAGUCUUGAAUUGUUACUUUUUUUUAAAGAAAGUGUUUUGUUUUUUUUUAUUUCUUAGCAUUCUGUUUGUGUGUAAACACAGUGAAUUGGGUGUAUGAUAUGCCAUUGAAUCACUAAGCAGCAAGGUUCAGCUUUUAUGAGCCAGUGUGUUCUGGUAUUAUAAAAUUCUGCAGCUUUUUAUAUUAUAUUAUAUUAUAUUAUAUUAGACAGAAAAAGUGAGCACACAUUUAGGAUUUUAAAGGCUUGAAUCGUAUUAGUUUUGCCUGAGUUCUAAUAAAAGGUCACACUUAAAACUGAGAUUUCUGCAGAAACAAAAACCCUGUGUUAUUAUUUCUGUUAAAGAAGAGUGGGAAGAGUAAUUGGUGGGAAUGUUAAACCAGGCUUAGUUCUAGAUACUUCUCGUGUGGCUAAAUAUGGUUAGUACCUUGCCCUGUGUGCAUGCUAAAAAUCUGAUGGCAUUCAUUUGCAUCCUUCCUUUCUCUUUAAACCCCAUCUAAAGCCAUACCUAAGCACUGCACAAGGAGGACUGUGGCAAUGCACAGGAAUAAUUGGAACAGAAAUUAGUCUGAGAUGCUUGAAACUUCCAAAAGGUGGGCAGGGAUCUUAACUCUUGACACUUUGUGUAAUAACUUGAAUUAUGCAUUUUCUUUGAUGCCAAGUGUCUCUCUCUGAGAAAAUACAGAAACUGUCCUUUUUAGAAUUACUGUUAAUAAUGCGCCACGCCGCCCCAGCGGAUGUUGGAGUGGAGGUGUGCUGUGAAGGAAAAAAAAAAAAAGCCAACAUCAUCCGAGUGUUUUUUCUACCUAAACUAGUUUUAAAUGGAGUCUAAAUGAAUGACUUGUGCUGGCCUGGCUCUCUGACACUGACCACGGCUGUCCGUGUUACGUGCUUGCCAUGCUGCAAGCGGCAGACCGUCUGUACUGUGUAGUUUUACGUGCUGAGAUGUUACUGUGUGCAGGCUAAACCAAUGAUGUAUUUAAAAUAAAAUAAAAUACCCUCCAAC